UGAGGUUCAUUUUUUUCAUUUUACGACGUGUGCCGACGGCUGAGGAGGCAGGCUACUGUGCGGAGUAAACAGAGGUUGAGAGUCGCAUCUGCUUUGCGUUCAACAUUACAGCGGUCCCUCAACUUGCAGCCAAGCCAAGCCAGCUACCUCGGCGCUCUCCUGUCUCUGCCGGGAUUAGAGGAUUUAGGACAACACAGUGACACUUUCAGGACACGGCGUCAGAGGGUGAAAGACUGAAGAGGUGGCAUAUUGUAUUUUCAACUUGAGGCAGUGUGGCGUGAUGGCCUCAGCUGCGCAGCUGUGCCGGUGAUCCCGCCGCUGCGCAUAGGGAAGAAGCAGAGACGCCUUGACAACCGACCUCCCUUCCUCUCUCUUCCGAUCAAAAAAAAAAAAAAAAAAAAAAAAAAAAUAGAAAAACAGAAAACACACCAGCAUAAACAAAUGCGACCAUGUACAGCGUGGAGGACCUCCUUAUCUCUCAUGGAUACAAACUGCCCCAACACACCUCCUCCUCCACCCCUACCCCAACCCCUGCAACCUCGUCCCGCCAGGCGCCCCCCCCCUCACCACCGUCCUACAACAAACGCCAUGAAAUUCUGGAGAACAGGCCUGGCCACAGGACAGUGAACGGCUACGAGAGAGGGGCUGGGGGGCCUUAUGGGAACAGUGGUGGCACCAGGCAACCCCAAGCCUACAGCGGCAGCUGCCCCAACAACAACAACGAACCCAGGGACAGGAGCCAGUCCAGACGAGAGGGUGACAGCCGGAACCAAGGUGACACCCACUCCUUGGGCGAGUCCCUGACCUCAGACAGCGGAUUCUGUGAUGGUCCCAGAGGUCAGCAGUUGCAGUCCAAGGAUGUGUCCUACUGGAGGAGGAGGGGCCAGGACUUCACUGUGCUGCUAGACUAUGCUGACUUCAGAGAGCCCCAUGCAGGAGGACAAGGGGGCUACAUCAGGCCAGAGGCACCACAACAGCCAAGAGGCCAAGAUGUUUCUUUAGAGGAGCGCCAGAGAGCAACCCAGGAGAGGCAGCGCUGGGCAUCCCAGGCCCAAGUCCAGGCCCAAGCCCGCUCUCGCGAGAGGGAAGCUGCUCUGCACCAGUGGAGGAUGGCUGCUGAGAGGAAGUGUCAGAGCUUAGGGACUGAUGAGUGGCGUCCGGCUGUGAGCUUUGGCCGCCAGCUGUCAGAGAAUGAAGGUGAGCGCUGGGCACAGGAGCAGCAGCGGCUUCAUGCCAGGACACCAGAGGGCAUGGUAGUCCACCCCAGGACCAAAGCCAAAUCUCAGUCCCUGCCCAGGAUGAUGCAGCCUGACAGCCUGCAGUAUGUGGACAUGACCUCGUCUGGUCAUGAGAUGUACAGGAGGGUCAAUGGCCACCCACUGUCACCCCACGACCUUUACAGGGCUCCCCGCUGGCCGGAGAAUGGCAGACCGGCUAGUGCCAGCCAGCUCUCCAUGACACCAAAGCCCCGCUUCACUCGACCCCCCAGACCCCCUUCAUAUGAGGUGCACCAGCAGAUCAGGGGAAGCUGUGAGGUGUUGUCUGGAAGAGAGUCAGCAGUUCCCCAGGCCAGGGACAGAACACCACUUCCCCUGUCCAGGACAGGUGACCCCCAGUUGGACUAUUUUGCACAGGACUCUGGACCCCCUGGAUACAUCCCUCCCCCGUCAUAUAAAAGAGCCCCUAUAAUGAGAGGGGGUCACCGGGGCUAUGGUGAAAUCCCAGUUGACUACAGGUACAGAGGGGAUGUGUACCAGCAGAUGCAGAUGGCUCCAGAUGGAUCUCACUGGUUCAGCAGACAUCCUGCAGGUCCCUGGCCUGACCCCCAGAGAGAGAGAGGCAUACCUAGCCAGAAGCAGCUCUACCCUGUCUAUACCACCCAGGAGCGUCCUGGCGGAGGGGUCCAGUACAUCCCCUUUGAUGACCCACGUGUUCGUCAUAUUUCCUUAGCUCUGGGUGGAAAUUCCCUGACGGAUGCUGACAAGAUCCGCCACAUUCGCAAUGAGCUUCCCAGCGUCACCGUGUCGGAACCUGUGUCCGACGACAGUGCCUUUUUACCCCCACCGUUGGGGCCCUUCAUCGCGGCAAAACCGGCAGAUGAUACCAACCAGACGUCUUCUAGCGACUUUGACAAUGAUAAUAACAGGUGGCACAGUGAUUUGCACAAAGAGACUGUCGACAACUUCCCAGCAACUGACCAAAACUGCAACAACAGAUAUCCCAAAAAUCAUCGUCCUCCUCCCUCGCCUUCCUCAGCCUUCCAGGCUCCACAAUCAACAUCCUCCUCAUCCCGCCAGGGCUCCAGCUCAGAGCAGGGCUUUGCAGAAACCAUCACCCAGGUAAAGAAGAUUGUCCCAGAUUCAGGGCCAGAAAGCAGGCACAGUAAGAGAAGGGUGAGCGAAACCAUCUUCUGCCUUGUGUCUGUCCCCAUUCACAUGCCGGCUAACAUUAACAAAGACUUAGCGGCAGAUCAGAACAAUAAUGAGACAAUACCAAGCCUGACGGUCACCAACACAGACAGCAUCACCUUAGGCCACACAGAGAGACAGAAUCUCCGGAGCAAGUCGAUGACUGAGAUGCCCAUCAGACCCCACCACUCUCACUUUCACACCAGCAGCACAUCCUCAAUGAGGAAUUACAAGAGGGCACCUCUAAGGAAGGAGAUAAUAGAUGCCUGGGCCCUCCAGGCCAAUGAAGACAAAGAGCUAUGCUACUCUGGGUCCUGGCCUGGAAACCAAUACCGCAACCAGGAGACGCAGACCAACUCACCUUUGACUGUGGUGAAAAGCCCAGUCCCCCAGAGCCCUCCUGGGGGGCAGGAGCCUGGCCAGUCUGCCUCAGACACAACCACAGACAGUGGUGUGGGAACAGAUAGUAGCUCUUCCUAUGGCUACCCAUUGGCAGGCCAAAAGAACCUCCAUCCCUCCAGCAACAGCGCUUUCUCCCGUCUCAGCCUCAUCCAGCCGACAUCACUGCAACCCUCACAACAAGCCUCAUCCUCCCCAUCCAAGGAGGAGCGGGACCAGGGAGACCAGCAGCCAUCCUCCCCUAGGAAGAGUUACUCCAGUCCCCCAGACAAUGCAGAACAAGUGGCCUUUGGCCAGUUCCUCCUAAAGCCAGUGAACCGACGACCAUGGGAUGCGAUAGGGGAGCUGGAGUGUUUCAAUAAGGAGCUCCAAGACACAAUUAGCAAAAGACCUAAUGUGGAGCAGUGCAUUGAGGAUCUGGAUGAGGUGCAUAAGAACAUUUUAGAGCUGAGUAAAUCAGGAGAUCAAUCUCAGAACCCAGCACAUUUCACUCCUGGUCCAGACCCAGGCAGGGAAGCAAUCAGUCUUCCAUCAAUGCACGUAGACAAACCCAACAAUAUGAAAAUCAGAUCAGAGUCCUGGGCCUCUGCCACUGAUUUAGACAACAGAGACAUAAAGAGUGCAUUCUCUAGGCCACAGGCCAACACCACACCAUCAACAAAUGAGCUGUCCAUACUCUCAGACCCCAACCCCAGAGACUGCUGCCUCCUGUCCUCACUACCCCCACACACUGACUCCAACCGGAUCUACAGACAGGACAUUCCAGUCCCCCAAGAGUCAUUGCUAAGGGAUGUGGGGUUAACUGUCUACACAGAGACUUCUGGAGGUCCUGGACAACCAAUCCAACGUUCACUCUCAGUCCCAUCUCCACUUGAUCACCCAGAACUUAGUCAGUCUGUGCAGCUGGCAUGGGAGAGUAGGACAACACAUAGUAAAAAUAAUGGUGGCUCUGAGCACAAUUUACCUAAAGAGCUACAAACUGAGAUGGAGACUGAGAGAAAGGCUAAAGCAGAUAGCAUGCCACAAUUUAGGGGUGAGUUGAAUCUGAACACCUGUAAGACCAGGGGUGAACACAGCAGAUCACCCAAAGGUGAUGGUUCGCCACAUAUCACCAGGCUGAGCAGGGAGGCUUCAUUUGCUUUUGAGGGCAAUGAUGUUGAUGAGAAAUACUCCAUCUCUGAGCCCCUUACAUAUAAAAAUGAGUCAACAAUAGCUGACAAGCAUCUAGAGAACCUUCUGAUUCAGGAGAAAGCCAAUGCUCUCCCUGCAGAGGACCUCAGUAACCUGUAUGAGGUCAAAUAUGCAAAAGGCAUCCCAGAGAAUGAGUCCAUCGAGGAGAGGGCAGCCAGGAUCCUGGGCAUCGCUGUUCCAGUGGAGGCCUUGGGUGUGUCUGACAAACAGAUAGAGGACAAGCAGGACCCAGAUGUCAGUUUAGACAUUAAUGCGUUCCCAGGAGAGACUGAGGAACACAGCCCAGACAGAGAGACACAGCAGGUGAUGGGACAGUGUGAGCAAGUGAUAGAGGAGUCCCUGAUUAACCAGGGAUCAGAGACAGAGGAAGAGAAGGUGACAGGAUCAGGUGUGGACAGUGUAGAGGGUGAAGAUGCACAAAAGCCCAGCAGCAACCACAGUGACAAUGAAGACAACCAUGAUAGUGAGACUCAGACAGUGGUAGUGCUGGACCUCCCUGAGUUCCCACCCAGUAAGCUUCCCCUGUCCCUACCUGUCACCCCUGAUGAGAAGCUAGUUCUGAGCAUGUGCAGUUGGGAGAAGAAGGGACGAGGUGGAGCCUCUAAGUUAAUUGAAUCCUUGCAGGACAAGCUAAGCUCUUCUGCCUCUUCAUCUCCAGGCAGGUCAAACACAGACAGAAUGGCUCGUCUGAAGGAGCUGGACUCAGUAUCUCGAAUAAGACGCCUCAGUCUCAAAAGUUCAGACUCUGGAGGAGAGGUUGACUCUGAGGAUAGAGAGGAGGAUAUAGAGGAGAGUGAGGCUCAGGAAGAGAUGAAAGGGGAGGUUACAGAGAAACAAGAGGAGGAGGAGGAGAAGCAGCUGGACGAGGAAAUAACAGACGAGCUUGAGAAAGCACAUGAAACACAUGAGAGGGCAGAACCUGAAGAAGAGGAGUUGGAGGUAAAUCAGGAAGUACAAAAAGAGCAGGCAGAAAUACAACUUAAAAUCAAUGAAGAAGAGAUGAAUGCUGAGAUUGCACUAAUAGUGAAAGAUAAGGAGGAAGAAAAGAUUGAAUUAGAAACAGACACAGAGGAAGGAGAGGUAGACAUGGAGCUGAAAAUUGAGGAGAAUGACCAAGAAAAAGCAGCAGAGAGGGAGACGGAUGACGAGAAUACACUUGCGGUCAACAGAGCAGAAGAGACACAAGAGACUGAACAAGACGUGCCCAAGCCAAAGCAGCGCACCAGGCUCCAGAAGCCUCCUCUGCUUCCGAAACCCCGCAGUGUUCCCAAGAGAGAGAUCACCCUGCCACUGAGUUUCAGCAGCAGCACCUGUGGCUCCUCAAAUAUGGAGGAUGAGGAGAUGCUCUCCGUCUCAGACUCAUAUGACCCCAGUCGAGUGGAGAGAGUGUAACUCAUAUUGGCUUCACCACUGUGGAAAUCUGUCCUUUUCAAGUUAACAGCUUUUUCCAACAGCAAAGCUUUCAUCUCACCUCACAGCUUAGUCUGCUGUGACCCCCAGUGUUGUUACACAAUAGUCCUCACAAAAGUGACUGUCCUGGUGCUGCAAGAGCAUUUUUACAGCCAAAUAAAGGUACCACUGGUGCCAAUUCUCCAAGCCUUCACUCUUUUUCAACCUCCUCAUCCUCAUCCUGCUUCCAUUCUGUCCAUCUCUCAAAAGUUUUAUUUUGCUUAAACAAGAAAAGGUCCUCUUAUUUCACUUUCCAGAGAAAAAUGCAUGUCAUUGUUCCAUUCUGCACUUGGGCUCCUCUUGAGCUUUAGUGUCGAAUAUGAAUGUAAAAGUGCUUCUGCUCUUCAAACAAAAGAAAUGUAAUAGAAAAACAAAAUAAGAAAAAAGUAUUGCGUUACAAUCAGUGUUAACCUACACCAAAUGUAAAUAAGAAAGAGGUAUGAGAUUUUAUUUAAAAAAAAAAAAAAAAGGAUUGAAACAUUUCAUUGCUGAAGAAAUGUAUAUUUUCUUACUUAUGUUAAGAAAAGACUAGAUUUUUGGAAAUGUAGUUGUGGGGUGUAUUAUCAAUAAUGAUCCCCCCUGCUCUUUAUUCUUAUACUUGUGUGAUAGAGAAUGUACUUAGAGAGCCUGGAUUGGAAUGAGAAACACUGUGGUCCUUGAAUAGAUUCACUCAAGAGCAAUAUUGUUGUUGUACGGGGCUUUCGUGUCAAAUGUUCUGAGUAGCAGUAAAUCUCCAGUGCAAGGAGCUGAUCUCAUUUAAAUGCCUGCUUUAAAGCUAUACCUUUUGGUACAAUUUAGGGGAGUUUCACUGCUAAGAUUACUGGCUUUGUGUUACUUGCGAGCACCUGAUAAUCUCUUCAAGUACUCAGAGAUUACACUUGGUCUGUUAUGUUCUUAGUGUCACUCCCACCCAACUCUUCAGCUACAUGAUUUUCUGUGUCAUCAGUUGUGCUUGUUCUCUCAGCAUCAGCAACUGCAACAUGUAUUAGAAAUACCUGAUUUUGGAAAUGUGUUUAUUUUUGUUAGUCAACCCCUCAUACUGUACAAAAAGAAAAUAUAUAUUUUAUGGCAUUAACAGAAGUUUGUAUUUAACCUUGCAUUUUUCUUUGCUCACAUUUGGAUUUCAGUUUUACGUGUGAAAAUAGAUUGAAUUUCAGAAGUGCUUUUUUUUGCAAGACAUGAUAGAUGUAGCUAUAUUGAUCGCAGUGUGCCUUGUACACACUACUGUUUCUGUGGAGAAGUCUAUUUGUGUGUAGCACAUACAGUAUUUUCAGUGUACAAAUCCUAGUUUUACUCAUUUAAACUGGACAUCCGUAAUCCAUUUUACUUUUGUGAAAUAACAAAAUCUGGCAUUAUUUUGGCAAUAAUACUAAAUAUUAAGCUAAAGAUGCUUAAUAUUGUUGCUGUACAGAACAUUGCUGUUGGAAUACUUACUGCGGUAUCUGAAAGUGUUCAAUAUUUUAAUGUAACGUUUGACAUAUCAGUGCUUUAUAAGUCGAGAACAUAACUGGCAAUUGGUUUACACGCUCUUCACUUAUGGGGUAGCAAUACAAGAAAAGUGAAUAACAUACCAAACAAAACUAUGCUAUGCAUUAGACACAAACAUUUACUGGGUUUAAUACCAAAUUGAAAGCUAAAACUGGGUUUUCAGCAUAUGAUUUGCUUGUUUGAUCAUGUCACUUGGAAGACUGCUGUUGUCUUUAACCCCCCUGAUCCACCUGUAUUUGAUGUCGAACUUGUUGGAUCUGGUUCUAGACUUGCAUGAAAGUGGCUUUCACUCGAGUUCAUCAGUGAAAGUUCAAUAUGCAGUUUGUCAUUGUCCUGUUAGCAACCCAGUACCUGUACCUCUGUGUUCCAGGAAGACUAAUGUUAUCUGGUCAUUCUCAUAGAUCUUUUUGUACUGCAAGUUAUUUGUAACAUAUAUAGACUAUUGGUGCACAUCUUGCUUUGAUAUUUUCUAUUUUCAUACAAAGUCUGUACAGCUUGUUUUGUAUGCGCCGGCAUCCCUUUUUUUUUUUUUUUUUUUUUUUUUUCGUGCAUGAAAUGCGUAAGAAGUUACAGAGAAAAAGGUGUAUUUGCAUAUAAUUGCAUUUGGUACUAUAUAGUCUAUCCAAUAAACAACAGUUAUAUUUCAUAUAAUGCAUAUUUUAUUUUCAAAGGUUAUGCUACAUAUUUAAAACAGAACAAGGUAUUUUUAGAUUAUUGUGAAAAGGGAACUGUUUUUGAAGGCACAACAUUUGUCUAUUUGGCAUGAUCAUUAAGAAUGAUCAUAAACAGAGACAAGUGUGUGUUAUUGUAAAAUACUACAGACUAUUCAUAAAUAAAAGUCUUUGCAUGUAAAA